AUGAUCGCCGACUUUAAAGUUGGUGUCGCAUUACAGAGUAUUAUAAACCAUAAGCCACGAAAUAGAUGGCAAUUAAGGCAUGUUCAACAUAAUAUUACUUGUAAUUCACGUAAUUCACCAGAAAAUUGCAAUUUGGGAAAUUGUCCGGCGCCGUCGUGUCACCUUAUGGCUCAUAUGUAACAAGGUUUUGUGCAAAACAUUCUCAGUUAGCUGAAGAAAUUUUUUUUAAAUAUUUUAUUGUAACUAAUUAUUCGUAUUUUGCAGACAAGUAUUAUUUCAGUAUCGGUUCGUGAAGCUAAACGUGCAUCGACUUCCUUGUUAUUGGCAAAUCAGAGAUAAAUUAUCAUUAGUGCCAAACGAAAGUUUUGAUGCCUCAGACAGAUUUUACAGCUUUGCGUAUAAUACAAAUGUAUUUCUAUAACUUUUCGUCAGGAAGAAGACAGACUUUCUCAGGGAAACAGUUCACAGUAGACAGGUAUGCUUGUCUGGAGAAGUCUGACAUUGGCCAGACGAAACGUUACAGAAAUAUAUUUGUCGUAAUGCGCAGCAAGAUAGAUAGAUCGCUUGGGAUAGUUAUCUUUAAUCUUGCUACAGCAUCCUUGCAUUAUGAGCAUACGAAUCCGCAUUGAAUAGGACUCAUUGAAAGGGAAUAACUAGUCAGUUGGUAUGUAGAAUUGUAAGAGGACGCAGGAACUCCCACCAACAGUAGAGAACAUAAAAAUGUUACGGGAAUACAUUAGUGUCAGUGUGUAACAAAAUUUAAAUCACUUAGAAUAUUUGCUAAUCGAUGCAUAUAACAUAUAAUAUGAUUUGCCUUAGAAUCUUUAAGUUUAAAUAAUUUACUAUAUUUCACGAAGAUCAAACUUACAACAAUGGAAGGAAUAAAAUUUCUCGUUUUCGUCACUGCCUACGUCACUGUAACUGUAGCAACGCCCGUCUCAGUUUAUAAAUUUCCUGCGGGACCUCACACCACGAAUAUUCCGACUACGUCAUCUCCGAAAAAUGCGGACCAAGAAAAAGUUCUUGUAAAUCAGGCUUCUCUGGACAAAGCAAUGGCGAUGAUGCAAGACAACGAUGAUUGGAUGAACACACUGAAGCUGAUGAUGUCAAAUGGAACAUCGAGAUUCAAGAUUGAAACAAGACGAGUCGUGGAAUACGGAGACACGCCACCAGAGGAGACAGAGAACUGGGAUGGCGACAAUAAGAAAGGAAUGACUCUGACAAUGAUCGAGGACGUGAUGCCCAUGGCUGUACAGCCUGACAAAGUGAGGUCCGGGUCGCAGCAGCGAAUCCUCGGCGGAAUGUCAAAACAGAGAACUAUUCUACCGAUAUUUGUGAACGGACCUCGAUCAGUGAAGGCUUCUGAGAUUGUUGUUGGGGAUGUCGGGAUGUGCAAAACACAAUAUACGGUCGAACAAGUUCACUCAGCCCUACUGAUGCGAACACCCGAAGCACCGAAGGCAACAUUGGCUCAUCCAAUUCCCGCUACAAUUGGAAGUUGUAGGUUCAAGAAUCCCCCGAACGGGUCCGGGUCUUUAAAGGGGAGGUGCGUUCUCGCAGCACAGGCCCAUAUAGCAUGGAUACUUGUCCCCGAAGAGAACGCAAAAGAUUUUGAAAACUGUCUCGAUAUUCCGGGAGUUUCAUCGCUAAAGAAAUGCUCGGAUUGGAUAAUCGUUGGAGGGCGUUGCGUCUUUGAAACAAAAAUGUGAUUGGUAAAACUGUGUACAUUAUGAUAAAUUCAUUAUGUGUUUUUUGGUCUCUAUUUUUUGUAAAGUUCAAACUUUACUUUAAACGCGAUUUAUAACUUUCUGUCUUGCAUUAGCGAAUAUAUAUGUGAUUAAGAUAUUGAAUACUAUUCAUGUUAUAAUCCGGCCCACCGAGGACUUGAUUUUCCCACAUCCGGCUCAGAAGUUGCCAACCCUUGGUCUAAGUCCUACUUUAAUUUAGCAGUAUUAAAAAGCUAUACGGUAUUCAAAGGUUCAAAAGAAUGGUAUGCGAACGCGUAAUCAUAAAAAUAGAGUAUAGUUUACUUCUAGUUCUGAAUAUUUAGAAUAAUGUUGUGUGUUCAUCUGAUAGUUUAUUUUUAAAAUUUCUCGCAUUGUUAGGGACCCCAUAUUUCCAUCAAAACUUUGCUUCACCAUUUGAAUUUGCGGUAACACUUUUAUAUAACGCCAUGUGGAAACAUUUUAAUAUGACAUUCGUGUUCACAUAUUUAGACAUUGCUCUAUUGCUUCAUAUUCCAACACCCCCUCUCUCAUUCUAAAUUCUUCCUAUUCGUGCAGAAAUGUAACACCAUGGCAUUGAAACCUAUCUACUUGUAAAAAUAUAAAUCUGCGAGACUGUUCCAUGUUUGCUUUAAGGCGUUAUUGCUGGUGUUAUUUUUAAAUGUAAAAUAAAAUAUUGUUUUUUAAAA